UGCCUGCGCUCGUUUGUUGCGAUCAGUUUCAGUUUGGACGAAGCUUAGUGAAGAUCGCAUCCCAGCGACUUCUUCUCACUUCUCAGCUGCGUUUGUGUGCUUGUGAGCGUCUAGUGCACUGUUUUAGUUUUUUUGAUUUUUUUUCGUCAUUGUUAGUGUUACGUGUAGGGCUUUGAAGAUGAAAAUCCUUUUGGCAUUUUCACUUCUCAUUGUUGCCACUUUGGCAAACAAAGUGGGCAAUCAGGCACCGGCUGGACCUAAAAAACAUAUGGUUUGCUACUACGACUCAUCGAGUUUCGUUAAAGAGGGACUCGGCAAACUAAUAAUUGACGAUCUUGAACCGGCCUUGCAGUUCUGUGACUACCUCGUCUACGGUUAUGCAGGCAUUGAACGUGACUCCCACAAAGCGGUCUCGCUCAAUCAGAACUUAGACUUGGAUUUGGGCAAGGGUCUCUACCGCACUGUUACUCGUCUAAAGCGCAAAUAUCCCACAUUGAAGGUGUUGCUCGGCUUGGGCGGUGAUAAGGAUAUUGAGACCAGCGAAGAUGCCAAAGAUUUACCCAACAAGUAUUUGGAAUUACUUGAAAAUCCAGCUGGACGCGCGCGUUUCAUCAACACUGUCUAUGCCUUGGUGAAGACCUAUGGUUUCGAUGGGCUCGACAUUGCCUGGCAAUUCCCGAAAAAUAAGCCCAAGAAGGUACACAGCGGUAUUGGUAGCUUGUGGAAGGGUUUCAAGAAGGUCUUCAGUGGUGAUCAUAUUGUUGACGAGAAAUCUGAAGAGCAUAAGGAACAGUUCACUGCAUUGCUGCGAGAUGUCAAGAAUGAACUCCGCCCAGAUAAUCUACUCUUGUCGGCAACAGUGUUGCCCAAUGUGAACUCGUCGUUAUUCUACGACGUGCCGGCUAUUGUGAACUAUCUGGAUUUCGUAAACUUGGCUGUCUUCGAUUUCUACACACCCGAGCGCAAUCCCGAAUUGGCCGAUCUGCCCGCAUCGCUGUAUGAAUUACCCGAGCGUAAUCCACAAUUUAAUGUCAACUAUCAAGUGCAAUAUUGGCUACGUAAUAACUGUCCCGCCUCUAAAUUGAAUGUGGGUGUGCCGGCUUACGGACGCGUUUGGAAGAUGACUGACGAUUCCGGCGAGACUGGUGUGCCACCUGUGGCCAGUGUUGAGAAUGAGGCGCCUGCCGGGCCCAAUACACAAAUCAAAGGUCUCUACAGCUGGCCUGAAGUGUGUGCGUUGUUGCCGAAUACCAACAAUGCUUAUGGCAAAGGUGCCAACUUAGCAUUGACCAAGGUAACCGAUCCAACUAGACGUGCUGGCAACUAUGCCUACCGCUCGGAUGAGAAGAGCAGCGGCCAUGGUUUGUGGGUGGCCUAUGAUGAUCCAGACAUCGCGGCAGAGAAGGCAGGCUAUGUGCGCCAAUUCAAUUUGGGUGGCGUGGCGCUAUUUGAUUUGUCCUUCGACGAUUUCCGUGGUUCCUGUACAGGCGAUAAAUACCCUGUGCUGCGUGCCAUUAAGUACCGCUUGGUGAACUAAACCAGCUGUAAGCCGAGUCGGACUAAAGCCUAUGCAAUGUAAUGCUGACUUAUUGAUUCUUUCUAUUCGAGACACUUAUUGACUAAAUGAUAUUUUUGUAGAAAUGAUUUUAUGACUAUUGCUUUCAAAAGAGAAUUCGAGAAAGGUAUACAUAUAAAUACAUAUAUACAUACAUAUUUGAGUUAUUAGUUUUUAAACUGGGCUUUAAAUGUUUAAAGAAAAUCCUUCGCAUGAUAAAUUUAUUAUACUAGAAAAUAGAAUUAGAAAAGGUCUGGCCACAUUCACUAAUAUUGUUAAGAUGAUUAAAAUUAUUACUUUUUUCUUAUAUUUUCGGGUAUAACUUUGAAAUUAUAUGAUUUUUUUUUUAAUGUUACGAAUUUAGGUCUUAAGUUCGUCAUUUAUUGGAGAAGACGUUUCGUUUACUGUGUCUUGAUUUGAUA